ACGGAAAGACACGAAAAUAUGGAAAGAAGGGCGAUCCGUGCACAAUUUAACGUAUACCCCGCCACAACACAUUGAUUUACUUUUUUCUCACAUACACCCAGAUACCUCCUUUAUUCAUAAUGUCUGUUAAUCUUACUGCUCAAUUACGGAGUCACUUUCGAGGUAAACGAAAGGUGAUUUUGCUACAAAAGUCAUAAUUCUUUCUCAACGAAUAAUUCGCUCGAUAUAUCCGUUUUAUAAUAGUAGCACCAUGGCGGUGUGUUACUCAUCGACAUCAGUUACAACAACGAUUAUUUUUGCAUACCAGUCUACGUCAACGAACGUCCGAUUCAGCACAACAACAACAGCAGCAGCGUAUAAGGCAAGCCAUGCCAUAUUUUGAUGCCGAACAAUUUGCACGAUUAUUAGAGAGGGAAGGUUUUUCAGCGGGACAAGCCCGAGCUGUCAUCAAUGCACUCGACGAUGUAGUAGAUGAAAGCACUACUAUUGUGACCACAGAUCUUGUCAGCAAAGCAGAACAAGAACAGACCAUCAAACAGUACAAGGAUGAUUUCUCACGGUUAAAAGCGGAUAUCCAACAAAUGGAACGACGCGAUGUAGCCGAAGUGAAGACAGCCAACGAACGGCUCAAAUCCGAGAUUGAAAAGCUUCGUAAAUCGCUUCAGGAGGAAAUCACGCGUAGCCAAGCUGGCGUACGCUUGGAUUUGAAUCUAGAAAAGGGUCGUAUACGCGACGAAACGAUUGAGCAGCAUGAAAAGUUGCGCAAAACGGAUGAUAAAAUCGAAAGUGAAAUACAAGCGUUGCGGCGACAGAUGGAAGGCAUCAAGCUGCAGAUUCUUCAGUAUAUGAUUGGAACAAUCACGGCAGCCGGUACCCUGGUGCUAGGGUAUAUUCAUUUCCUCAGCUAGAAGCUCAGAUAUCCGAUAUCCACCACCCCCCGCACGCCCACCUUUUCUAUAGAGUUAAGGCGCUAAAUGAGAGAGAGAAAGAGAGAGAAAUACGUAAUAAAUUUCGGUUUAGCAAACGCUUUCCCACGCUCCAAUGCAUUGAUGAUGA